CGCCGGACCGGGACCGCGGCCGCGCCGCCAGGCAGUGACCAUGUCGCCGUUUCUUCGAAUUGGCUUGUCCAACUUCGACUGUGGGACGUGCCAGUCUUGUCAGAGCGAGCCGGUGAACCCCUACUGCGCCGUGCUGGUCAAAGAGUACGUGGAAUCAGAAAAUGGGCAGAUGUAUAUCCAGAAAAAGCCCACCAUGUACCCGCCCUGGGACAGCACCUUUGAUGCCCACAUCAACAAGGGCAGGGUGAUGCAGAUCAUUGUGAAGGGGAAGAACGUGGACCUCGUAUCGGAAACGACUGUGGAACUCUACUCGCUGGCUGAGCGAUGCCGGAAGAACAACGGGAGGACGGAAGUAUGGCUAGAGCUGAAACCUCAAGGCCGAGUGCUAAUGAAUGCAAGAUACUUUCUGGAAACGAGUGACACAAAGGACGGGAGUGAAUUUGAGAACGAAGGCUUCUUUGCCCUGCACCACCGCCGAGGAGCCAUCAAACAGGCCAAAGUCCACCAUGUCAAGUGCCACGAGUUCACCGCCACGUUUUUCCCACAACCAACAUUUUGCUCUGUCUGCCAUGAAUUUGUCUGGGGUCUGAAUAAACAGGGCUACCAGUGUCGACAAUGUAAUGCCGCCAUUCACAAGAAGUGUAUCGACAAGGUGAUAGCCAAGUGCACGGGAUCAGCCAUCAACAGCCGAGAAACCAUGUUUCACAAGGAGAGAUUCAAGAUCGACAUGCCUCACAGAUUCAAAGUCUACAACUACAAGAGCCCGACCUUCUGUGAGCACUGUGGGACUCUGCUGUGGGGGCUGGCGAGGCAAGGGCUCAAGUGUGACGCAUGUGGCAUGAAUGUACACCACCGAUGCCAGACGAAGGUCGCCAACCUCUGUGGUAUAAACCAGAAACUAAUGGCAGAAGCACUGGCAAUGAUUGAAAGUACCCAACAGGCUCGCUCCUUAAGAGAUUCAGAACACAUCUUCAGAGAAGGUCCAAUUGAAAUUGGUCUACCAUCCACCAAAAGUGAAGCCAAGCAACCUUACUUACCAACACCUGGGAAAAAAGAGCCUCAGGGAAUCUCCUGGGAGUCUCCAUUGGAUGGGAUAGAUAAAAUCUGUCACCCUCCAGAACCUGAAGUGAACGUUGAACGACCAUCUCUGCACAUGAAACUGAAAAUUGAUGAUUUCAUCUUGCACAAAAUGUUGGGCAAAGGAAGUUUUGGAAAGGUCUUCCUAGCAGAGUUCAAGAAAAACAAUCAGUUUUUUGCCAUAAAAGCCUUAAAGAAGGACGUGGUUUUGAUGGACGACGACGUUGAGUGUACGAUGGUAGAGAAGAGAGUCCUGUCCUUGGCCUGGGAACACCCCUUUCUCACGCACAUGUUCUGCACCUUCCAGACCAAGGAAAAUCUCUUUUUCGUGAUGGAGUAUCUUAAUGGAGGAGACCUGAUGUACCACAUCCAAAGUUGCCACAAGUUUGAUCUUUCCAGAGCCACAUUUUACGCUGCUGAAAUCAUCCUUGGUCUGCAGUUCCUCCAUUCCAAAGGAAUCGUCUACAGGGACCUGAAGCUAGAUAAUAUCCUGCUGGACAGAGACGGGCACAUCAAGAUCGCAGACUUCGGGAUGUGCAAGGAGAACAUCCUGGGGGACAGCAAGACCAACACGUUCUGCGGCACUCCUGACUACAUCGCCCCGGAGAUCUUGCUGGGUCAGAAAUACAACCACUCUGUUGACUGGUGGUCCUUCGGCGUUCUUCUCUAUGAGAUGCUGAUUGGCCAGUCACCUUUCCACGGGCAAGACGAGGAGGAGCUUUUCCACUCCAUCCGCAUGGACAACCCCUUCUACCCACGAUGGCUGGAGCGUGAGGCCAAGGACCUUUUAGUGAAGCUCUUUGUGAGGGAGCCCGAGAAGAGACUGGGAGUGAGAGGAGACAUCCGCCAGCACGCUUUGUUUCGGGAGAUCAACUGGGAGGAACUGGAGAGGAAGGAGAUCACCCCUCCCUUCAGACCUAAAGUGAAAUCGCCCUACGACUGUAGCAAUUUCGACAAAGAAUUUCUAAACGAGAAACCGCGGCUGUCGUUCGCCGACAGAGCUCUGAUCAACAGCAUGGACCAGAAUAUGUUUAGAAACUUUUCCUUCGUUAACCCACGGAUGGAGGUGCUCAUCUCCUAAACCUCAUCUCGCCACAGACCAGGGCAGUUUUGCUCUUUAUCUGGGAACUGAUUCAAGCAACACUUCAUGUGGCCCUUUUUGACUUUGGGGAAGAAAAGGAAUACUCUACGGCCAAGGCGGAGACCUUGGAGCGCCUCCUGGGACUUGUUAUCUGUAGCAGACACCGAUCCACUUCACUAACGACCGUCGCCCGGCUUGGUCCACAGCCGCCCUUGAAGUUACAUCAUUAUUAACCCUAGAGAUUUACUUGAAAGCUGGUUCUCCACACUGUGAAGGAUUUGAAAUGCAAAACUGCUCUAAAUCAGGGCCCUUCCGCUGUGGGCACCGCCUCUGGUCCAUCGGGAGCAGGGCAAAGGCCUUCUCAGAGCUGCAGUAGCCCAAUGCCUGGAGCAGGCACGGAGCCCACCUGGCCACUGGGCAAGGGCCACUUCCCCGCUCCAUUCUGUGCUCGUGGGUGGG